GCGUCACUUGAGUGGGUUCCUGUUUGGGUUGGCGCCCUCCCCCCCUUGGGUUGUGCCGUGGCGGAGAUCUUUGUGGGCUAUACUCAGCCUUGUCUCAGGAUGGUAAGUUGGUGGUUGAAGAUAUCCCUCUAGUGGUGUGGGGGCUGUGCUUUGGCAAUGUGGGUGGGGUUAUAUCCUUCCUUUUUGGCCCUGUCCGGGGUGUCCUCGGAUGGGGCCACAGUGUCUCCUGACCCCUCCUGUCUCAGCCUCCAGUAUUUAUGCUGCAGUAGUUUAUGUGUCGGGGGGGCUAGGGUCAGUUUGUUAUAUCUGGAGUACUUCUCCUGUCCUAUUCGGUGUCCUGUGUGAAUUUAAGUGUGCUCUCUCUAAUUCUCUCUUUCUCUCUCUCUCGGAGGACCUGAGCCCUAGGACCAUGCCCCAGGACUACCUGACAUGAUGACUCCUUGCUGUCUCCAGUCCACCUGGCCGUGCUGCUGCUCCAGAUUCAACUGUUCUGCCUUAUUAUUAUUCGACCAUGCUGGUCAUUUAUGAACAUCUUGGCCAUGUUCUGUUAUAAUCUCCACCCGGCACAGCCAGAAGAGGACUGGCCACUCCACAUAGACUGGUUCCUCUCUAGGUUUCUUCCUAGGUUUUGGCCUUUCUAGGGAGUUUUUCCUAGCCACCAUGCUUCUACACCUGCAUUGCUUGCUGUUUGGGGUUUUAGGCUGGGUUUCUGUACAGCACUUUGAGAUAUCAGCUGAUGUACGAAGGGCUAUAUAAAUAUAUUUGAUUCAUAGCGGCCGACACAUUAAUACUGAUUUUUAAUUUAGCCAGAGGGUAUUUGUAUAAUUUAUGGAUCCCUGCCAAAGCAGCACCUACUCUUCCUGGGGUCCAGCAAAAUUAAGGCAGUUUAAUCAGGAAUCAGGGCUGCCUGUUCAGUUGAAAGCCUGCUCAUUCUCUUAACAAUAACCAUCCAUUGAGUUGUUGUUAUAAAUCAAUUCCUCAUUCUGAAUACUAACCAGAAUGUAAUGUCGGUGGGAUGUGGAAAAUGUAGUUGGCUAUUGGUUUAAACAGUUUACGUCUGGGUUUAAAGCGUUUAAAGCACUGGGAAGGACAUUAAAAAAGAUAACAAUGUGACAAACAACACAAUGUCCAUUUUAAAGAUCGCUUAAAUACAGAGCACCUUUUAAUUUAAUGACAGAUGAGGAAAACUGACAUUUCGGCAAAAGUUCUCUAAUCUAGAAACCAAUUCAACACAAAAUUGGUUAUCAUCCCUGGUUACAGGUAAACAUGAUUAUUCAGUGAUGUAUGACAUGAUAACCUAUGUGAUGGUGUGAUGCAACUGACUUGUUAAAAUGUCAUGCUUUUUUGUCAGUUUAUUGAAAAAUGCAAAUGUUGUACCGAAAAAACGGUGGAGAUGUUGAGGGACUCACCUGGACUAAUGCUGGACACAAACUGACGGUAAGGCUCGUGCCCGAGACUCGACGACGUCAGGCAGUCGUUUGCCUGCAACCUCUACAAACUCACUUGCAUCAAACUUGAAAAGCAAUGCAUUUCCCUGUUUGGCUGUAGCUAGAAGUGUCGUCUCAAAAUCGGCCAUUCAUUUUAAAGGUGAUCACCAGCAGACGGUAAGUUUAUUUUAGUAAGAAGAAUUCAACUUAUUUUAAUUUCCAAAAUCUGCCAGCUGAUGCUAACGUUAUCCAAAGCAUUUGAACUGGCUAGCAUGCAAGCACGCUUGGUUUUUGACACCUCUCACGAGGUAUUUAGUUGAUGAUACCAAUUCACGGUGAGUAUUCCUGGUACUGUUAUCGGUUGAAAAAUUCAGAGUGUAUCAUAGAUUAACAUUUCAUUUGUUCGUUUCUGUACACAAUUUCUGUUACUUUUUAGCCACUCCGGUUUGUUGUCACUAGUCAAACGCUGGCUCCCUCCGCUGUUCUCGGUUACCAUGGUUACUUAGCGAGGACGCGCAGGCUUUCUCAUUUACAACAAGCCACUGUAACUCUUCAUAUCAGUCUACAGUUUUUUAUGCCGUUUUGCUUGCUUUACUCAGAUGCAUUUUUGGUGCCUGUUUCUGCAAUGGCUUAACAUACUGUGUUUAUUAUUCACCCAUAUAUAUAAUAAUAUAUAUGAAUAGGUUUCCUCAUCAUUUCACCGCCUCUUCCUCUUCAGUAAUACACCCAGGCAAAACCCACUUCAGUGAUGAAAUCAUUCACAUAAAGUAAUUCUCCUGACCUCAUCCCUGGUCCUGCUGGCAACAACCAUCACAAAAUGUCUUCUUUGGAGAGGAAGCGUGAGAAACACAGCCCUUUCACCCUGAACCCUGACCCUCGGAGGAAGACCAGCGCAGAGAUCGUCACCGAGGCUAGGCACUCUCUGAGGACCCUGCGCACCCAGCGACCUUUUACCCCUCGAGACAACCACAGACAGCUGUUUGGAGAGACCUCUCGAACCCAAGACAGUCGACCUCCCUCCACAUUCAGCCUCUACGCUCGGAACUUUGAAGCGCCAGACUCCAGACCGGGUUCUGGAACUCGCCUGUCUCCUCUGGAACAUAAGCCCAGAUUGCCAGUGGCCCAGGAUGAGGACCCAGAUCCCGUCAGCCCCAGGGCCCUCCCCAAACCCCCCUCUGACCCCCUGGAGCUGAAGAGGGGGGCAGUGGGGGUGAGGGCACGCCUUUUUAGAGCUGGCUCUCUGACAACACUCCCACCUGUGGCACAGCCAACAGAAGUAAGGGAGAGUGUAAAUUCAGUCUCCAGCCCAGAGCAGAGAGAGCUGUCAGCUAAGGGAAGAGGCAGGAGAGCCCUUUAUGUUGAGCCUACUGAUCGAGAGAGGAGAGACAAGGAUAGUGGAGGACCCUCGAAACCUGCCCCACCCAGGACCAACAGUGUAAGUGGACUCAGGUUCCACGGUGGUGUUGACUCCUCUAUUAGACCAGGCGAAGGAACAGGAGCAGGAGCCGGGGCCAGAACAGAGUUAGGAACAGAGUUAGGCAACGGAGACAGACCAGCCAGCCAGGAGGCUGAGGACGAAUCAGUGGUGUGGAAUGUUAAGAUUUUCCCUCUGUUGCAAGAGCUGGAGUCCAUCGCUGCAGGUGGAUCCGAGGAUGCCGUGGAGCGGCUGUGUGACGCAUGUGACUGUCUCCAUGGCGCCCUGGCAGAGCAAGGCAUGCUGGGCCGGCGUUGCAGGAAGAGAGCGGGACUUCUUAGGGCGCUGUUCUGCCUCAUCGACCUCAAUUCCGCGCAACUCAACCUUCAGCUCGCCAAACUCACCCUAGAGCUGAACGUCAGUGGAAAAAACCUGCUGAACAUCUGUAAACUCAUCUUCAAAAUCAGCCGCAGUGAGAGCAAUGAUAUCCUCUUCCAGAACAACUCCAUCAUAGAUUCGUUGCUGUGUGUGCUGCGCUGUGAGGAUGUGUGUGUGUCUGGGGAGGCUGUGUUGUACUGUGUGGGCACUCUGAAGUUCCUCUCAGGGAACUCUGCCCUCCUCAGGCUCCUAUUGGCCAAGGACUGUGUGGGUGUGGCCACCCUGCUCAUACAGAAGCUCCACCCACUGUCCCAACCUGACCACACUCAGUUCACCAUCGGAGGACACAUCCAUGUACAGUUGACAGCAACCCUGAGGAAUCUGGCUGACCUCGCCGAGUCCCGCCCCCUUUUCGUCUCCCACGGCACCCUGGCAGAACUGUGCCUGGUGCUGCGCCAUCACCACGGAGACCAGGACAUCUGCACCAACAUUGCCAGGGUGUUCAGUAAACUGUCCUCCUACUCUGAGUGCUGCCUGGUUCUGGCCCAGACCCCGGGCUGCUACACACUAUUUAUAGAACUGUUGAGCAAACACCAGUGGAAACAGGACCUGGUGGUGCGUCUGCUCUUCACUCUGGGUAACCUAACGUCUCGGAGCAGUGAGGCCAGAAAGCACCUCUUCACGGCUGAGGGAUGUAUGUCCGUGCUUCUGGGGCUCUACCACACCUACCACGGGAGGUGGGACCCACCGCCCGCACACACACCCCGCACACCUCCAGCCAGGGACACCUGUAACCCCUGCACCCCUUUCUUGGGAUGGUGGGAGAGCAAGGACGUGCUGGUGAAGUUGGUCAGGGUAUUGGCUAAUAUGUCCAUCCACCCUGCAGUGGGACCGACCCUGGCAGCUAACACAGACCUAAUACACUACCUGCUGAACACACUGGAGCUCAGGUCCAUGCAGGAAAGUGAGGAGCUUCUGGUGAACGUGGCUGCCACCAUCAACAACCUGUCCUUUUACCAGGAAGACAGCUCAGUGGUCAGAGACAGAGGACUCACUGUCGCCAAGUUGUUGUUGAAGCUGCUCCUCAGCUCCAGUAUUGAUGGGAUGCUGGAGGCCACGCGUGUGUUUGGCAACCUGUCCCAGUCCAGGGAGGUUUGUGACUUCAUCAUACAAAACAACGUGCACCAGUUUAUGGUGACUCUGUUGGACUCUAAGAGCCCAGAGGUGUGUUUCUCAGCCUGUGGGGUCCUCACUAACCUGGCCCUGAACCCCCCCAGCAGAACCACCCUCACACAGGAGGGAGCACACACCAAGUUGGCAGACUGUCUGAGGGACUUUGGGCCAGUGGACUGGCAGCUGGCUGGCCUGGUGUGUCAGACCCUGUGGAACCUCACUGAGGAGGGGGGGACGGAGACAGGCGCCCCAUCCACAAUGAACAACCAGGAAAGAGAGGCACUGCUAGAGGUCCUAACACUAUACCUAAACGAGGAGGACGCGCUGCAGUGGACCUCUGGUGAUGACAUGAGGGACUUCCACCGAUUAUGCUGGGAGUUGGAGUUCCUGCCUGUGGCUAAGAGGCUGAGGGACAGGAUCCAGACUCAGACUGACUAACAUGACUAUCUUCUUACUCUGGUUGUCACGAAUGGCGCCCUGUUACCUAUAUAGUGCACUGAUUUUGACCAGGGUCCAUAGACUCUGGUCUAAAGUCGUGCACUAUAUAGCGAAUAAGGUGCCAUUUGAGAUGCACGAUGUCUCACUCCCUAGUGUGACCUCUUUGCAAUGUCCUCUCCUUUCUCCUUGUUGUGCCUUGCUACCACCAAUCUUCAGCUACUACCCCUCUCACUAAUUCAAUGAAUAAGUAUUUAGCUAUAGGUCUAGAUUUUUUCCUGGUUUAGUCACAUGAUCAUGGAAAAACUCCAGGCCCAUACCUAUGACCUACUGAAUGUCUACCUGACAUGUAUGACAAACUGUUUUCACUUUAAAUAACAGAAAUUAUAAUUUUUAGGUUGUAUCUUACGUAUACUGUAAAUUGUUGUGAUUUUGUCAUAAGCUACUCUUGUUAACAUAAGAGUAGAAUUGUAAUUUGUCUCUGUGGUGAUAAAAAAGUAAAUGUUUCUCCUUAUGGCUGGUUAAGACAUUGUUAGGCCUAGAUUUAAUCAGAUCAAGCGUUAGCCGGCGAUAUCCUACACCCACGAAGCUGAUGUUUUUGCGGUGUCGGAAGUGCAACUGCGUUGGAGUUGUCUAAUCUGUGAGCAGCUGCUCCUGAUCAAUGUUGCGAUAGAACUAAUGACGCAUAAAUUGAUUAAAUGAGGAUUUCUCACAUUCCAGUUUAACUUUAUAUUUAUAAAGGCUGCAUGGGUUCUCUCUUAAAUCGACUCCGUGUAGCUAAUGGCAAAGUCCACUUCAGGUAUAAUUCCAGGAGACGCUUGUGGAUUUGACAGCUCAAACGCAGUUUCACCCCCGACACCGCCAAAACAACCGCUAUGCUCUCGUGUCUCCCAUUUUUUUUUAUGUUGCGUUAACCGCGCUUUGAAAUGAACAGCUCUAAAUUGAAUAAAAUAGAGGAUGUCGGCUAAAGUGGAUCUGAUCUAAUAGAGCCCUAAAUCUGUGAACCGCUGUACACAAACAAAACAGAAAGUAUUGUAAACAUGCUCCUCAAAGUUUUUAUUGUUACAAAUAUGGACCAGGCAGUGCUGCUGCAAAGUGACAGCGUUUUCAAAUCACAUUAAGGAAAAAAAAACGGCAUUUCUGUAAAAAAAAUAAAAACUCAGUUCCCCACUU